UCAGUUGGUAAAUACCAGUCCCUAGGAGAAGUGAACCAAAAUGUCUUCUAGAGCAGAAGCCAAGGCCACAGUGGGAGAUAUUUCCAACGAUGGUAAUUUAAACAUGGCUCAAGUGCAAACCUCCAGGAAAGGCUUUUGUUCAGUCCGACAUGGGUUGGCCUUCACCUUAUAUAUCUGUAACUUUUUAAUUUACACCCAAAAAAUGAGCAUGAGCAUUGCCAUCCCAGCUAUGGUGAACAACACAGUGCUGUCCAGCCCUGCCAAUGCCUCAAGAGAAAGACCUCCCACCGACUCCCAGGACAACCAGAAUGAAACUUCAAAGGAAUUUAAGGCAGUGGCUCCUAUGUAUGACUGGAGUCCUGAAAUCCAGGGAAUCAUCCUCAGCUCCCUCAACUAUGGCUCAUUCUUGGCCCCAAUCCCCAUUGGCUAUGUGGCUGGAAUAUUUGGAGCCAAGUACUUGGUUGGUGUUGGCUUGUUUAUUUCCUCAGUCCUGACCCUCUUCAUUCCAUUGGUGACUGAUGCUGGAGCAACCUUCCUCAUUGUCCUUCAGAUUGUCCAAGGCAUAUUCCAGGUUAUAGUAAACACAAGUCAAUAUUCAAUUUGGGUCAAAUGGGCUCCCCCACAAGAAAAGAGUCAACUCAUUUCCAUUGCUAUGUCAGGAUCAGCGCUGGGGUCCUUCAUCAUCCUUCUUGUUGGUGGUCUCCUCUGCCAGACUGUAGGAUGGCCUUAUAUCUUCUAUAUCUUUGGUGGAAUUGGCUGUGCCUGUUCUUUUCUCUGGUUUCCUCUUGUUUAUGAUGACCCUGCGAAUCAUCCAUUCAUCAGCACCGGUGAAAGGGAAUACAUCGUGUGUUCACUGGCUCAGCAGGACUAUUCGUCAGACUGGUCUCUUCCCAUUAAGGCUAUGAUCAAAUCCCUACCACUUUGGAGCAUUUUAGUCUCUUAUUUCAGUGAAUUUUGGCUUUUUAAUAUCUUUGUGGCAUAUAUACCAACAUACAUCAACUCUGUACUUCAAGUUAACCUCAGAGAUAGUGGGAUCCUGUCAGCCCUGCCGUUUCUUGUUGGCUCUAUCUGCAUGAUCCUUGGAGGUCUAUUGGCAGAUUUUCUCCUCUCCAGAAAAAUCCUUAGACUUGUCACCAUCAGGAAACUCUUCACUGCCAUGGGAGUUAUCUUCCCAUCUGUGCUGUGUGUGUCCCUGCCCUGGGUCAGUUCCAGCCACAUCACCACCAUGGCCUUCUUGGUACUGUUUACUGCCUUCAGCAGCCUCUCUGAAGCAGGAUCCUUUGUUAACAUCUUGGAUAUUGCUCCUCGGUAUGUUACCUUUCUCAGGGGACUAUUGCAAGUCUCUUAUCAUAUUUCAGGAGCCAUCUCUCCCACUGUUACUGGAAUUUUCCUCAGUCAGGACUCAGAGUUUGGUUGGAGAAAUAUCUUCUUGCUUUCAGCUGCUAUUAACACAUCAGGCCUGGUCUUCUACCUCAUCUUCGGCCAAGCAGAGGUCCAGGAGUGGGCUAAAGAGCAGACAAUCACCCACCUCUGA